AUUCCUCAGUGCCGGUUCUCAGGCACAGGGCUGUCCUCCGUGGCAGAAACGCGGCCUCGGCGUCUGCGGGGUCCUUCUUGGCUGCGGGCGCAGGCGCUGCAGUGACGCGAGGCGGCCGCGCGGUCUCCGUCGGCGGACUUGGGGUUCUACGCUGAGCAGGGAGGAGCACCAUGGAUACUGACUUGUAUGAUGAGUUUGGAAAUUAUAUUGGACCCGAGCUUGAUUCUGAUGAAGAUGAUGAUGAAUUGGGCAGAGAGACCAAAGAUCUUGAUGAGAUGGAUGACGAUGAGGACGAUGAUGACGUGGGAGACCAUGAUGAUGAUCACCCUGGGAUGGAGGUGGUACUCCAUGAGGACAAGAAGUACUACCCAACAGCGGAGGAGGUGUACGGUCCGGAGGUGGAGACCAUAGUUCAGGAGGAAGACACCCAGCCUCUCACAGAACCCAUCAUUAAGCCAGUGAAGACCAAGAAAUUCACUCUGAUGGAGCAGACAUUACCUGUCACGGUGUAUGAAAUGGAUUUCCUGGCAGAUCUGAUGGAUAAUUCGGAGCUCAUCAGAAAUGUGACCCUUUGUGGCCAUCUCCACCAUGGCAAGACGUGUUUUGUAGAUUGUUUGAUAGAGCAGACACACCCGGAAAUCAGAAAGCGCUAUGACCAAGAUCUGUGCUACACUGACAUCCUCUUCACUGAGCAAGAGAGAGGCGUUGGCAUUAAAAGCACUCCUGUGACGGUGGUCUUGCCAGAUACCAAAGGCAAAUCUUACCUCUUCAACAUCAUGGACACCCCAGGACAUGUGAAUUUCUCUGACGAGGUCACAGCUGGCUUGCGCAUCUCAGACGGAGUGGUCCUUUUCAUCGACGCUGCUGAGGGGGUGAUGCUGAACACUGAGCGGCUGAUCAAGCACGCGGUGCAGGAGAGGCUGGCGGUCACCGUGUGCAUCAACAAGAUUGACCGGCUGAUCCUGGAGCUGAAGCUGCCUCCAACCGAUGCCUAUUACAAGCUGCGCCACAUUGUGGAUGAGGUCAAUGGAUUAAUAAGCAUGUAUUCCACCGACGAGAACCUGAUCCUCUCCCCGCUCCUGGGCAACGUCUGCUUCUCCAGCUCCCAGUACAGCAUCUGCUUCACGCUGGGCUCCUUUGCCAAGAUCUACGCCGACACCUUUGGUGAUAUUAAUUACCAGGAAUUCGCUAAGAGACUCUGGGGUGACAUCUACUUCAACCCUAAGACGCGAAAAUUCACUAAAAAGGCCCCGACCAGCAGCUCCCAGAGGAGCUUUGUGGAGUUCAUCUUGGAACCUCUUUAUAAGAUCCUUGCUCAGGUCGUGGGCGAUGUGGACACCAGCCUCCCAAGGACCCUGGACGAGCUUGGCAUCCAUCUGACCAAGGAGGAGCUGAAGCUGAAUAUCCGCCCGCUGCUCAGGCUGGUCUGCAAAAAGUUCUUUGGCGAGUUCACAGGCUUCGUGGACAUGUGUGUACAGCAUAUCCCUUCUCCAAAAGUGGGCGCCAAGCCCAAGAUCGAGCACACCUACACCGGGGGUGUGGAUUCUGACCUCGGCGAGGCCAUGAGUGACUGUGACCCUGACGGUCCGCUGAUGUGCCACACAACCAAGAUGUACAGCACAGAUGAUGGAGUUCAGUUUCACGCCUUUGGGCGCGUGCUGAGUGGCACCAUCCAUGCUGGGCAGCCUGUGAAGGUGCUGGGGGAGAACUAUACCCUGGAGGAUGAGGAGGACUCUCAGAUAUGCACUGUGGGCCGCCUUUGGAUCUCCGUGGCCAGGUACCACAUUGAGGUGAACCGUGUUCCUGCAGGCAACUGGGUUCUGAUUGAAGGUGUUGAUCAACCAAUUGUGAAGACGGCAACCAUAACUGAACCCCGAGGCAAUGAGGAGGCUCAGAUUUUCCGGCCCUUGAAGUUCAAUACUACAUCUGUUAUUAAGAUUGCCGUGGAGCCCGUCAACCCAUCAGAGCUCCCCAAGAUGCUCGACGGCCUGCGCAAAGUCAACAAGAGCUAUCCAUCCCUCACCACCAAGGUGGAGGAGUCUGGUGAGCAUGUGAUCCUGGGCACUGGGGAGCUCUACCUGGACUGUGUGAUGCAUGACUUGCGGAAGAUGUAUUCAGAGAUUGACAUCAAGGUGGCCGACCCCGUCGUCACGUUUUGUGAGACAGUGGUGGAAACAUCCUCCCUCAAGUGCUUUGCUGAAACGCCCAAUAAGAAGAACAAGAUCACCAUGAUAGCCGAGCCUCUGGAGAAGGGCCUUGCCGAGGACAUAGAGAACGAGGUGGUCCAGAUCACGUGGAACAGGAAGAAGCUGGGAGAGUUCUUCCAGACCAAGUACGACUGGGAUCUGCUGGCUGCCCGUUCCAUCUGGGCUUUCGGCCCUGAUGCCACCGGCCCCAACAUCUUGGUGGAUGACACCCUGCCCUCGGAGGUGGACAAGGCUCUUCUUGGCUCAGUGAAGGACAGCAUCGUCCAGGGUUUCCAGUGGGGAACCCGGGAGGGGCCCCUCUGUGAUGAGUUGAUUCGAAAUGUCAAGUUUAAGAUCCUGGAUGCAGUGGUUGCCCAGGAGCCCCUGCACCGGGGUGGGGGCCAGAUCAUCCCCACGGCCAGGAGAGUCGUCUACUCCGCCUUCCUCAUGGCCACUCCUCGUCUGAUGGAGCCUUACUACUUUGUAGAGGUCCAGGCCCCUGCAGACUGUGUCUCUGCCGUCUACACUGUCCUGGCCAGGCGCAGGGGACACGUGACUCAGGAUGCACCCAUCCCAGGCUCGCCACUCUACACCAUCAAAGCUUUCAUCCCGGCCAUUGAUUCUUUUGGGUUUGAAACUGAUCUCCGGACGCAUACCCAGGGACAGGCCUUUUCCCUGUCUGUCUUCCACCACUGGCAGAUUGUACCUGGUGAUCCCCUGGACAAGAGCAUUGUCAUCCGCCCCUUGGAGCCCCAGCCAGCCCCUCACCUGGCCCGAGAAUUCAUGAUCAAAACCCGUCGGAGGAAGGGCCUGAGUGAAGAUGUGAGCAUCAGCAAGUUCUUCGACGACCCUAUGUUGCUGGAGCUUGCCAAACAGGAUGUUGUGCUCAAUUACCCCAUGUGAGUGUGGGGCCUGCUGACACUGCUUGCCGUAGGUGCGGCUCCCGGGCUUGAGGCUGAGGCCUGCUGGGCCCUUCACCUUGUCAGCAAGUGUCCUGGAAACACUGUGCUCGCCUUGAAAAGCCCACGGACUUCCAACCCAGAGCCCCAGUAGGGGAGGAGCAUUGUUCCCUCAUGUUUCUUCUGUGGCCUCCACCUGGCUCCAUUUCCAAGAAAAAGAGGAACUUGGGCUCAAGGAAAGAGAAGGAUGAAAGUGUUUAACUCCAAGGGGCCCUGUCUUUGGAAUAACAUGGAAUUUAUUUUUACAAGUUCAACCUUAGCCAUGGUUCGUAAGUGAACAGAACAUUCCGA